AUGACUGAGACAAGACACCCCAGCAAAGGGCAUGGAUUCAUUGAGUUCGAAGCCAUCAGAAACUCAGCAACUACUAGGGAGAAGAAAGGCGGGAAACAAUACUAUAAAUCAGAGAUUGUUUCUUUGAAACACACAUACCCCUUCCGUUACCUGGUGCCCGAAAACUCAACACCCGGAGCCUGUCGGUGGAUCUAUCCUUUGGUGUUUGGUGGUGGACUGGUCGGAGGGGACACUGUAGUCUCUGAGGUUAAACUUGGAGCUGGAUGUGCAGCUGUGGUCAGCAGUCAGGAUUCUACUAAGGUGUACCACUGUAAUAAUGGCUCGUUGACAACACAAGAAUCAACAUACCACCUGGGCGACUCCAGUCUUCUGUGUGUUCUACAGGACCCACUUGUUUGUUACCAGAAUGCAGAUUUCUAUCAGAAGCAGGUAGUUCACAUGUCUCCAUCUUCAAACCUGGUAUUCCUGGAUUGGAUGCUAAGUGGUCGUGUUGCUCUGAAUGAAUCAUGGGCAUUUAAAAGAUUCCGGAACUGCAUAGAAAUCCAAGUAUCCAAUGAGACAAUCAUUCGAGACUACCUUGAACUUGAGGACACACCAAACAAAACUGUGGCACAAGGCAUGCAUGGUUACCAGGUUUUUGGCACCUGCAUUGUUCUGGGAGAUGAUGUUGAAUUUCUGACUGACAGUCUCAUCACAAAGUACGGCAGAAAGCAGGACAUAGGUGACAAAGGAAGUCAGGAUUUGGUUGUGAGUGUCAGUUCGACCAGCUAUCAUGUUCAAGGGAAGACAAUCCAUGGCUGUUAUCUCAGGUUUUUGGCUGCUAAUAUGCAGUCUGCAGCACCAGCCAUUCGCAGCAUAACUUCCCCUCUUCUUCCAGUUCUUGGAGAUGACCCCUAUGAAAGAAAGCUCUAG